GGCGCCGGAAAGGGCGGGAAGGGGGUGAUGGAGCCGGGCGCGGCUGGCGCAGUAUCUAAAAGGCCCGAUGAAAAAUCAUCAGCUUGUGGAACUCAGUAUUGUGUUGAUUCUGCUUUGGGAUAAUGGCAGGAAAAGUGAAGUGGGUAACGGACAUAGAAAAAUCAGUUCUAAUAAACAACUUUGAAAAAAGAGGCUGGAUUCAGGUGGCAGAAAAUGAGGACUGGAAUUUUUAUUGGAUGAGUGUACAAACAAUCAGAAAUGUUUUCAGUGUGGAAACUGGUUACCGCCUUUCAGAUGACCAAAUUGUCAACCAUUUCCCCAAUCACUACGAACUGACCAGAAAAGAUUUGAUGGUAAAGAACAUCAAGCGAUAUAGGAAAGAACUUGAGAAGGAAGGGAGUCCUCUUGCAGAAAAGGAUGAAAAUGGAAAAUAUAUUUAUUUGGAUUUUGUUCCAGUCACUUUUAUGCUUCCUGCUGAUUAUAAUCUCUUUGUUGAAGAGUUCAGAAAGAAUCCCUCCAGCACUUGGAUUAUGAAACCUUGUGGUAAAGCUCAGGGAAAAGGAAUAUUUCUAAUCAAUAAACUGUCUCAAAUAAAAAAAUGGUCUCGAGAUAGCAAAACAUCCUCGUUUGUGUCUCAGUCUUCCAAAGAAGCCUAUGUGAUUUCUCUCUAUAUCAAUAAUCCACUACUGAUUGGGGGAAAGAAAUUUGACCUUCGUCUGUAUGUUUUGGUAUCUACGUAUCGCCCACUGAGAUGUUACAUGUAUAAGCUUGGAUUUUGCCGAUUUUGCACAGUAAAAUAUACACCAAGUACAAGCGAAUUGGAUAACAUGUUUGUACAUCUUACAAAUGUUGCCAUUCAGAAACAUGGGGAUGAUUACAAUCAUAUCCAUGGAGGCAAGUGGACAGUGAGUAACUUGCGCCUGUAUCUGGAAAGCACCCGUGGAAAGGAAGUUACAAACAAAUUAUUUGAUGAAAUUCACUGGAUAAUCGUGCAGUCACUGAAGGCUGUUGCGCCUGUAAUGAAUAAUGAUAAACACUGCUUUGAGUGCUAUGGAUAUGACAUUAUCAUUGAUGACAAGCUUAAGCCAUGGCUAAUCGAGGUUAAUGCUUCCCCUUCUCUUACUUCCAGUACUGCUAACGAUCGCAUCUUGAAGUAUAAUCUUAUUAAUGACACACUUAACAUUGCUGUGCCUAAUGGGGAAAUUCCAGACUGUAAAUGGAAUAAAUCUCCACCUAAAGAGGUUCUUGGCAAUUAUGAAGUCUUAUAUGAUGAAGAGAUGGCGCAAAGCGAUGGUUCUGAUCGUGACUUGCGAAGUCGGUCUGGGCAAUCCACUGGAACUAAAGGAAAUCGUGGGAGAGAUUCAGGAAAGCCUGUCCUAACCACCUGGAAAUAAUGAUUAAGCAGAACAGCUGCCCUGUUGGUAGGACAGCAUCAUGAAAAAAAAAAAGAGUUCAUGAACAGAUUUCUCUAUUUCCCUCUGUUGUAUGAGGGAAAAAAUCAAAGAAAACAAUACAGCCUUUGAAAAUAAGUGAAAUGAGCACUCCAAAACCAGGAUCUUUAUAAUACAUGCACUGAUUUGUCAAUUAUAAUAAUUAUACACAUGCAUGUACAUAUAUUUAAAAUGUCUAAUAUAUGGAAUUAAUUGAAUACAAGAAUAUUUGUGCUUGUCAUAGUUCUCUGAAAGCAACAAAUUCUAAACUUUUAGAAGCAUCUCUGUUCAGACAUUGGAGAAGCCAGUAUUCUCCCAGUAAUUAUUAAGAGCUUUCUUUAUAAAGAUGAUGUAUAAAAGUACACGUUCUGAUAUACAGAGCAACAAGAGUCUUCUAUAAUUUAUUUUCUCUAGUAACUUAUCUCUGCAUUCCUAUAAUAAAAGAGAUAGAGAUUAUGGGAAAGAGUAGUAGUGGUGAGCAGUAUUACUGUGACAAUGAUGGUUCAGCUUUUUGCUAGGAAAAAAAAUGUAACAAGAGAAAACAGCAGUGCAUGGAGUUGAGACUGUUGUCAAUUAAAGCGGCUAAUGAUUUAUAACCAGUCUUAAGUACUUGAAAAGUAAAGCUUUCCAUGCUGAGUUUUUUGUUUGUUUGUUUGUUUCGUUUAUUUGUUUUGUCUUUAAAUAUUUUUGAGCUGUUAAUUCUUUACAAGUAGAAAGGUUCGUGUAAACAGGGAAUGUUUCGGGUAGUAUGUUGAUGCAUUAUUCGGCUAGCCAUUAGUUUUUAUUGGAAGGCACUUUGUGUUUGGAAAAUCAGGCAGAACAUCGAUAUACUGUAAUAAAUCUCAUUGCUAGAGAAUGGCUCUAAAUUGACUGGCUGUAAAUGUUUACUUGCACUAGAAUUUCUUCAUGUAUUUACACACGUAAGUACUUCUUUGUCUUUUUGUAUAUUUUGUAUGUACUAUCACAAAAAUACUGUUGCAUGUGAUAAACUGUUUCUAGCUCUGAUAUCAAAAGCUGUGAUGAUUAGACACCAAAACGUGUAGAGCAAAAGUUAAAAAUAGGUAUUUUGGUCUUCUAACAGCAUAGUGUAUAAAUUACCUAGUUGGGUCUAUCAGUGGCAACUUUCACUUGCAUUUCCACCAGUUGUUGAGCUGUUAUUUAUCACAAUGUCUUGAUGUGCAGCUCUGAUCAUCUUUUUUUCAUCGUUUUUUCUCUAUCCUCACUCCCCCCCCCCCCAAUUUAUUUAUUUAUUUAUUGAUUGAUGGUGAAGUAUUAUGGAGAGAAAGACAAAAGGAAGAUAAAAGUUCCAAACAUCCAUAUACCAGUAAUAAACUCUAAUCUGGAUAUCACUAAUGCAGCAGUACUCAAUUUCUGUCUUUCACAGCGGGCUAAGAGCUUUUCACCUUUCUGUGUGGCAGGGCUGCAUAAGUGCGUGCACUGUAACCUUAGCCUCUCCCAGUGCCCUUAGACAUGACCUGGGAUUCGUCCUUGCAAUAAAGAAUGAAAUACAUGGACUGAAUUGGUCACUCCAAGUAUCAUCUUCAUCUUCAUUAAUCUUGGCUGUUCCAUUGAAAUAAAGACCAAAAUAUAGCUGAUUGCCUGGUCAUUAGACUUAAUGAAUCUUCUCAUUGGCCCUCACAAAAGCAUAUUCAACUUGGCUCAUGAAGUAAGGUGAGGAGAAGUUAAUAUUAUUGCAUGGCAGUGAAGCUCCUCCAAAUCCCAGGUCUCGUAGCUGUUAAGUUUGGUGUUUCAUUCUUUUUUAGUUCUUGAGCCUGAGUUUUGCUUCAGUCCUUGAACCUCGGCAGGUAAACCACUUGUAAGUAGAUGUACAGUCAGAUAUUAUGUGUUGUGUUAAUGACGUGAUACUUAGUGGGCAGACAUUUCCUGCUUUAGCCCAAAUUGGCUGUUACUACAAAGUAGGUAACAAGGCAACAACCUUAGGAAAUAAUAGGCUGUAGUAUUCUGUAGUAUGGUUGUAUUUCUUACAGGUUAUGCAACAGGGAUGCUCGGAUAGAAGGAAAACAGUUUUCUCUCACUUUAAUUUCCACUGCUUUUAACUCAUUUCUCUAGUAGCCUGAGCAAAGUAUGUUACUGUGGUCUUGUUAUAACAGUAGCACUUGCAAGUGAGGCUACAGUAGAAUGAUUACUCUUCCCUUUAUCUUCUUCCUGUUUGUGCAGGCUACACUGGUGGGACUCUAUAGAGAAGAGGUAUAUUGAGAAAUGCUGAUCCUGCUGAAAAAGUCUACUGUACUGUAACUUUUUAAGUGUGCAGAAGUAUAACGUACUAAGCUAGCUGCAGGAGUUACAGCCUGCCUUUUGGGAAAGCUUAGUGUGAAGAUAAGAACAGGUCUAGGUUAUUAGCAUUUAUUGGUGUAGAAGGCUUUAGAGAAUUGUGUACUUAGUUGUGAUUUCACAAUGAACCAAAACUGGUUAAAAUUUCAAAAUGAUGUUGUUCUUCUAAACUUGUAUGUGUGUGGUACUCUGUGUUGGCAGUAGUGUCGUUGCAGCUAGUCAAUGAGUUGAAUCAUGGCCUCGAGAUCAGACAUUGGCAAGACAUACAGAAUAGGAAUGGCAAUACUUAAUGUUUUACCGAUACUGAAUGCUCUCAUUUAAUUGAUGGAAGGUUUCUAAUGGCUUGGAAAGGGCCAACUCCUUUGAGCUUGCAUUCUCAUUAAUCAGUAUAAUAACGCAUCCCUUCCAGUCCUGACUUCAGAACAAUCAUUAUCAUACUAAAUCAAAGUCUUACUAUUACUUUUAGAAAAUAAGGAUUUCUAUCUCAUUUCUAUCUCAUUCACACGUUUCAAGAGCAGUAUUUUAUACAGACAGUAUUUUCGUAGCAGAGCUAUCAAUAUGAAACAGGCAAAUGCUUCUCUCUGGCCACUUGUAGCAGUGGGAAAGCAGAUUUCAAACACCUUAUGUGAGGGUGAAAUGUCUGUUAGAUAUUUCAAAAAUUGUCAUCACUACCUCAAUAUCAGAACAGUGAUAUUACUAAUUGGAGAGGGGAAAAAAACAACAGUUGUGAUAUGAAACUUGCACUAUGUAGUAAUAAAAAACUAGAAUUUAGAUUUCAAAUGUUGAUAUAGCAUCUUACACAGUUGUAUCUCUAACCAAUGUAUUGGUAACUUAUACUGCAGACACAAUCAUGGAUUCGAUAAUGCAGUGUUCUUUAAAGAGCAAGAAGUCAAAGAGACUGCAGACACAGUGACCCUCUCUUCCUGAUCUCACCCCAUUCUCUUUUUAAACACAAUGGACUAGUGAUUAUAGAUAUAGCAGGCUCUUUUCCAACAGGCUUUUUGCAGAGGUUGAAGUUCAAAGACUUAACUGUGUUAUCACUUUAAAUACAUCGAAAAAAAACUGGGUAUGCCAGAGAAGUCUUUGGGAACAAAACAAAUGACAUUAAAUACUAGAUGAUUAAUAGUGCCUUUCUCAUUGUCAGUAAUGAGCAAACAAAAAAACAACUGGAAGCAAGCUGGAAGUCUUCCUUUUCUAUAAAGAACUUGAGGCCUCCUCCUAUAGAUAAGUAGAACGUGCUUGUGAAAAUUAAAAAGUAGGAACCCUACAUUGUUAUGUAAUAUCUGCUUUUCUCUGAACGAUCUGUUGAAAAAUACACUGCUUCUUUGCUGGAAUUGGAGUAAGGAAAGAACUGUGUUCUGUGGUAGCUGAGAGGUUGCUCUGUGCGUGAAACAACUUGUCUGCGGGCUGUGAGACAGGGGGGUGAGAAGGAAACAAAAGCAGUCAUAGCUUUCAGGGGGAGGAGGGUGGUAUGAGAACAUCGUGCCGUGAGAUGUUUGUGCGUGGCCUAAAAAGGUAAAGGUGAAUAUUUGGUGAGGACAAGAAACCGGAAAGGAAAAUUUUAUCUCAUGUUCAGCAAUAAAAUCUUGAAUUUUUCCUCUCCAGUGCUCUUUAACUAAAUCUAUUGCUAUGGUAGGGCAGAAAUAAUGCUACAGUGUGGUGUGUAAACCAGUCUAUGUGUAGCACGAUCUAUCGGUUGGAACUGAGGUCAUUAGUCAGAUGUGAAAGCCUUAUGGGGGAUGUGUCUACUAUCGGACUUGAAGGGAGUUAAGUGAAGUUUAAGUAAAGAUGUGAUGUUAACACGUGUGAUACGAGACGUUAAACAUUGUGUGGAUACCUUCAUUUGAAUGUCAGGUGGUUCUUUUUGCUGGAGCCUAAAUUUCCAAAAGAGAAAAGCCUGUUGUACCCCUGUUUGAGAGGGGUUAAAUGGGUUUAAGUAUGGGUUCUGAGUAACUAACUUUGGCCCUAGGCCAAUCAUACUCAAAGCAUAUUUGACUGUUGAAUAAAGAAAUUGUUUUGGGUCUCACUAGAGCAAAAUAAAUGAGAAAUAAAAAUCCUCCAAAGUUCUCACUUUGGCUAACGUACUAACUGGCUGAGCAUAGCUAGAAUAAAUGUGCUUCUAAGUCUUGCAGUUCAUAUGCUUAAGUGAUGUCUGGUAUAACGGCAGUAUUGUAUGAAGAAUUAAAUAGAAGGGCUCUAAACAACUAUGGGAGUUGUUACAAUGACAUCAGUGUAGAAGGAGCUUAUUGCUGGAAUUUAAUACUGGGGCUUGCUUCCUGGGCACUAACCUUUCUCCCUAUUAAUUCUUUGACAUGGAUGGCAUUAAUAAGAUUCCCACAGAAUAGCUUCUUUAUGAGGCUUUAGGAACUUAACUAGAAUAGAAGAAACAGUAUUAUCCCUAAAGCUAUUUUGUUGCUGUUGGCUUUACAAUAGAACUUCUGCCUAAAAUGUCCCUGUCAGGAUUCACUUCCUGCUGUAAAUGCAGCAAAACAAUAGACGUCUCACGGAAGAUAUAUAGUGCUGCACUUCAGCAGGAGAACGUGUCAGGCAGAGCUCAUUUAUCUGUCAUCAAGGAAGGAGCUUUAUUCUGUCAGUAUAAACUGAUGCUGUGUCCAAAGUAGUUACCGUUCAGUUUAUGUAUGUGAAACUAUAACCAGAAGGUAACUUUCAUUUUGUGCUUGCCAUAUUAAAAUAGCUCACUCAAUCCUUCAGUUCAGUGGGAAGCACACUGUCCCAUCUGGUAUGUGGGUAUCACAAUAUAACACUACUGUCCAACCUCUAGGGUUCCUUAACAAAGAAAUGAAAACUUCUUUAUUCCUGUGUUCCUUGCAGAAAAUAAAUGUGUAGGGCUGAGAAAGGCUGACUUCGGUCAUAAUUUCGGUAAAACUUUUGAUUAUUAAGAGGAAAUCGGAAGAUAAAUGGCUGUCUUGGAAAGACUGUUUUUACUGAAUAGUAGGAAGUUGCUUGUGUUAGACUUCUGGUUGUUGGUUGUGGGGUUUUUUUUAUUUAAUACUUUCUAAAAAUACUCUUAAAAAUUUACUAUCAGAUCUUAGGUGAGCUUCAAGAAACUCGCCAUACUUGGGCUAGUCCAUAGCCAGAUCUUUUCCAAUUGGUUUGAUGACACACUGGUAUCCCUAUCAUUGACAGAGUCCUCUAUGCUUGAGUUAAUCACAAAUUUUCUACCUCCUGAAAAGCAUAGCAUUCACAUUUGAGAUAAUCGUAGGCAGCUGUUGUGAAAUAGGAAAGUUAAGACAGUAUGAAACUGAUUAAAGACACGAAUGUGGAAAACAAGGAGAUAAUAAAGGGUAUUUCAAAUGAGCACGUCUUCCAUGAGACAAAUUGUAUUCAAUGGAAAUUAGGCAGUUAAACAGUAAAAUUAAUUCAUUGAGUGGAAUUAAAUUUAAUAUUCUGAAAUUCCAUGACAUUGAUUGGCAUAUAUAACCACUAAUGGGAGUACAUCUGGAAUCAAUGGUUCAGGGUUUAAUUUAGGUUUUAAACUGUAAACAUGUAACACUUGGGAUUUUUUAGCUAGAGAUAAAAACGCGGAAGAGAAUGCCAAAAUGUUACAGCGAGAGCCAAGAAAGAGCAAUCAGAUUUGCUCGGAGGGAAUCUAAGAGAAAAUGUUAGUACUUAAAAGGAGACGUGAAAUUUCUGAGGACAGCAGAGGACACAAGAAGCACAUUUAAAAAUAGAUUGCGUUAAAAAUAAAAAUAACCGUGGGAUACUCAUCUAAAAGGAGAGAGGAUUAUUUAUUUAUCUGCCUGCCUAUUUAUUUAUUUAUUUGCUUGCUUAUUUAUUUAUUUUCAGAGCACUUCCUGUCCUGUCCCUUGCGGUCAAAACUGCGUGCCCACCAGUAGGGCUAUGUAAACUGUUAGCCUUUCUUCUAAGAUAAAGGGUGGAGACCGUCUUUGCCAGGAAGUAAAAAACUGAAAGCAUCCAAAGAACAACUUAAUUUCAGUAUUUUGGGGGGGGGAAGUAGCU